GCUAGUCGGACUCCUGCCCUGCUGGGAACUCUCCCCUGCUGGCUCUGUGUCCCCCACCCCCCACUCCCAGAAGCCCCCAGCUUCUCUCCCUGGAGCAAGGCUGACCGUUUGCGCAUGCCCUGGAGAGAGGCUGUGUGACCGAGAUUCCUGAGACAGACAGACAGACACUGAGGAGAGGAGAGGAAGGCGGGGCGGGCUCCUGGCAAGGCGUCUGCUCCUGAACCAAGACCUGCCAAGAUGGAGAAGGAGGAGGAGACAACCCGGGAGCUGCUGCUGCCCAACUGGCAGGGCAGCGGCUCCCACGGGCUGACCAUCGCCCAGAGGGACGACGGCGUCUAUGUGCAGGAGGUGAUGCAGAACUCCCCUGCGGCCCGCACUGGGGUGGUCAAGGAGGGGGACCAGAUUGUGGGUGCCACCAUCUACUUUGACAACCUGCAGUCAGGCGAGGUGACCCAGCUGCUGAACACCAUGGGGCACCACACGGUGGGCCUGAAGCUGCACCGCAAGGGGGACCGGUCCCCCGAGCCCGGCCAGACCUGGACCCACGAAGUCUUCAGCUCCCACAGCUCCGAAGUGGUUCUGAGCGGGGACGAUGAGGAGUAUCAGCGCAUCUACACCACGAAGAUCAAGCCUCGGCUGAAGUCGGAGGAUGGAGUGGAAGGGGGUCCCGGAGAGACCCAGAGCCGCACCAUCACCGUGACUCGAAGGGUCACAGCCUACACCGUGGAUGUGACCAGCCGAGAAGGAGCCAAGGACAUCGACCUCAGCAGCCCUGAGUUCAAGAUCAAGAUUCCACGGCACGAACUGACCGAAAUCUCCACGGUGGAUGUGGAGACCCAGCCUGGGAAGACAGUGAUCAGAUUGCCCUCGGGCUCGGGGGUGGUGUCUCCCACUGUGGACAUCCGAGCAGGGUCCAUUUCCGCUUCGGGACCAGAGCUCCAAGGUGCCGGCCACUCCAAGGUCCAGGUCACUGUGCCUGGGAUCAAGGUGGGAAGCCCGGAUGUCAGUAUCAGUGCAAAGGGCUUGGACUUGAGUAGCAAAGGGGGCGUCCAGGUCCAAGGAGUGGACGUUUCGUCUUCUCUAGGGCACGGGGCAGUAGAGGGGCAGGGCCCAUCUCUCGAGAGUGGCAGCAAUGGGAAAAUUAAAUUUCCCACCAUGAAGGUGCCAAAAUUUGGUGUCUUAACAGGGCCUGAGGGCCAGGCCCCAGAGGCUGGGUUGACUGUUUCUGCCCCUGACUUCUCUGUGGGACACAAGGGCGGCCGGCCAGGCUUGACCAUUGGUGGGAACAUCCAGGCCCCACAGCUAGAAGUCAGUGCUCCCUCUGCCAAUAUUGAGGCUGAGGGGAAGCUGAAGGGCCCCCAAAUCACUGGGCCAUCCCUAGAGGGGGACCUAGGCCUGAAAGGUGCCAAGCCACAGGGCAGUUUGGGGGUGGACAUCUCUGUGCCCAAAAUUGAGGGUAGCAUCACUGGCCCCAAGGUGGAAGUCCCCCCUGACAUUGAUGUUCAUGGGCCUGGGGGCAAACUGAACGUGCCCAAGAUGAAGACCCCCAAAUUCUCCGUAUCAGGUUCUAAGGGAGAGGGAGCUGGCAUUGAUGUGACACUGCCCGCAGGUGAAGUGACUCUUCCUGGGGUCUCUGGGGACAUCAGCCUGCCUGAGGUUGCUCUUGAGGGGCUAGAAGGGAAGAUGAAGGGUCCUAAAGUCAAGCCUCCUGAAAUGAUUAUUCAGAAACCUAAAAUCUCAAUGCAGGAUGUGGAUCUGAGCCUUGGGUCCCCUAAACUGAAAGGAGACAUUAAGGUUUCUGCUCCUGGGGUGCAAGGUGACCUUAAAGGCCCUCAAGUGGCAGUUAAGGGCACCAAACUGGACAUAGAGACACCCAGCCUAGAGGGGACUGUGACAGGCCCCAAGCUUAGUGGGCCUUCUGGUAAAGCAGGAACCUGCAGGAUCGCUAUGGCAGAUGUGGACCUAAACGCUGCUACGCCAAAAGUGAAAGGGGGUGUAGAGGUCGUCCUUCCAAAAGUGGAGGGGAAAGUCACUGUCCCCGACAUUGAUGUCAAACGCCCCAAAGUGGAGGUCAGUGCCCCGGAUGUGGACGUUCAUGGCCCCGAUUGGAACUUGAAAAUGCCCAAGAUGAAAAUGCCCAAGUUCAGCACUCCAGGAGUCAAAGGGGAAGGGCCAGAUGUAGACGUGAAGCUCCCCAAAGGAGAUGUCAGUAUUUCAGGGCCCAAGGUCAACGUGGAAGCCCCAGAUGUCAACAUCGGGGGCCUGGCGGGCAACCUUAAAGGCCCUGAUGUUAAGCUACCUGAGGUGAGUGUCAAGACACCAAAGAUUUCCAUGCCUGAUGUGGAUUUGCAUGUGAAAGGCCCAAAGGUAAAAGGAGAGUAUGAUGUAACAGCACCAAAACUUGAAGGAGAGCUGAAAGGCCCCAAAGUGGACGUUGAUGUCCCUGAUGUGGAUGUUCAUGGCCCAGACUGGCACCUGAAGAUGCCCAAGAUGAAAAUGCCCAAGUUCAGUGUGCCCGGGUUCAAAGGAGGCCCUGAAGUGGAUGUAAAUCUGCCCAAGCCUGAUGUGGACGUUUCUGGCCCCAAGGUAGCUGUUGGUGCUCCAGAUGUGAGUAUUGAGGGACCAGAAGGGAAAUUGAAAGGACCCAAAUUUAAGAUGCCCGAGAUGAAUAUCAAAGCUCCAAAGAUCACCAUGCCAGAUGUGGACCUACAUUUGAAGGGCCCUAGUGUCAAAGGGGAGUAUGAUGUUACAGCGCCAAAGGUUGGAGGUGAGAUUAAAGUUCCUGAUGUCGAACUCAAAAGUGCCAAAGUGGACAUUGAUGCUCCAGAUGUGGGUGUGCAUGGGCCAGACUGGCACCUGAAGAUGCCCACAGUGAAAAUGCCUAAGUUCAGCAUGCCUGGCUUCAAAGGCGAGGGCCCAGAAGUGGAUGUGAACCUGCCCAAGGCUGACAUUGACCUCACUGGACCCAAGGUGGAUGUUGAAGUUCCAGAUGUGAAUAUUGAAGGACCUGAAGGGAAGCUGAAGGGCCCCAAGUUUAAGAUGCCUGAAAUGAAUAUCAAGGCCCCAAAGAUCUCCAUGCCUGAUGUGGACUUACAUAUGAAAGGUCCCAAGGCAAAGGGAGAGUAUGAUGUUACAGUGCCAAAGCUGGAAGGGGACCUGAAGGGGCCAAAAGUAGACAUCAGUGCCCCAGAUGUUGAAGUUCAUGGUCCUGAAUGGAACCUAAAGAUGCCAAAGAUGAAAAUGCCCAAAUUCACCAUGCCCAGCCUUAAAGGAGAGGGCCCAGAAUUGGAUGUCAAUCUGCCCAAGGCUGAUGUCGACCUUUCUGCCCCUAAGGUAGAUAUUAGUGCUCCAGAUCUGAGCCUUGAAGGACCAGAAGGGAAGUUGAAAGGUCCCAAGUUUAAGAUGCCUGAGAUGCACUUCAGAGCUCCUAAGAUGACCCUGCCAGAUGUUGACAUGGAUCUUAAAGGACCCAAAGUGAAAGGGAGUCUAGAUGUGUCUGCACCAAAAAUAGAAGGUGAGAUGAAAGCUCCAGAUGUGGACAUCAAAGGCCCCAAAGUAGAUGUUAAAACACCAGAUGUGGAAGUUCAAGGUGCAGACUGGAGCCUGAAAAUGCCAAAGAUGAAAAUGCCUAAAUUCAGCAUGCCGAGCUUCAAAGGUGAGGGGCCAGAAGUGGAAGUGAAACUGCCCAAGGCUGACAUUGACAUCUCAGGACCCAAGGUGGACAUUGAAGCUCUGGAUGUGAGCCUUGAGGGUCCGGAAGGGAAGCUGAAGGGCCCCAAGUUUAAGAUGCCUGAGAUGCACUUCAAGGCCCCCAAGAUCUCCAUGCCUGAUGUGGACUUAAACUUGAAAGGCCCCAAAGUCAAAGGGGAUGUGGAUGUGUCUGUGCCCAAGAUAGAAGGGGAAAUGAAAGUGCCAGAUGUGGACAUCAAAGGCCCCAAGGUGGACGUUGAUGUCCCGGAUGUGGACGUUCAUGGCCCAGACUGGCACCUGAAGAUGCCCAAGAUGAAAAUGCCCAAGUUCAGCAUGCCCGGCUUCAAAGGCGAGGGCCCAGAAGUGGAUGUGAACUUGCCUAAAGCUGACAUUGACAUCUCAGGACCCAAGGUGGACAUUGAAGCUCCGGAUGUGAGCCUUGAGGGUCCGGAAGGGAAGCUGAAGGGCCCCAAGUUUAAGAUGCCUGAGAUGCACUUCAAGACCCCCAAGAUCUCCAUGCCUGAUGUGGACUUAAACUUGAAAGGCCCCAAAGUCAAAGGGGAUGUGGAUGUGUCUGUGCCCAAGAUAGAAGGGGAAAUGAAAGUGCCAGAUGUGGACAUCAAAGGCCCCAAGGUGGACGUUGAUGUCCCGGAUGUGGACGUUCAUGGCCCAGACUGGCAUCUGAAGAUGCCCAAGAUGAAAAUGCCCAAAUUCAGUGUGCCUGGGUUUAAAGCAGAGGGCCCAGAAGUGGAUGUGAACCUACCUAAAGCUGACAUUGCUGUCUCUGGGCCCAAAGUUGACAUCAAAGCUCCGGAUGUGAGCCUUGAGGGUCCGGAAGGGAAGCUGAAGGGCCCCAAGUUUAAGAUGCCUGAGAUGCACUUCAAGACUCCCAAGGUCUCCAUGCCUGACAUUGAUUUAAACCUCAAGGGCCCCAAGGUGAAAGGUGAUGUGGAUGUUUCUCUGCCUAAAGUGGAAGGAGACCUGAAAGGGCCAGAGGUUGAUAUUAAAGGCCCCAAAGUGGACAUUGAUGCUCCUGAUGUGGACGUUCAUGGCCCAGACUGGCACCUGAAGAUGCCCAAGAUAAAAAUGCCCAAGUUCAGCAUGCCUGGCUUCAAAGGAGAAGGCCCAGAAGUGGAUGUGAACCUGCCCAAGGCCGACAUUGACGUCUCAGGACCCAAGGUGGACAUUGAUGUUCCCGAUGUGAAUAUUGAAGGUCCAGAUGCAAAACUAAAAGGUCCCAAAUUUAAAUUGCCAGAAAUGAAUAUAAAGCCUCAGAAGAUAUCCAUGCCAGAUGUUGGUUUGCAUUUGAAAAGCCCUAAAGUGAAAGGUGAUUAUGAUGUUACAGUUCCAAAAGUAGAAGGAGAGAUAAAGGCUCCUGAUGUUGACAUCAAAGGCCCAAAAGUGGACAUUAAUGCACCAGAUGUGGGGGUUCAUGGUCCAGAUUGGCACCUGAAGAUGCCCAAAGUGAAAAUGCCUAAGUUCAGCAUGCCUGGUUUCAAAGGAGAGGGCCCAGAAGUAGAUGUGAACGUGCCCAAGGCUGACAUUGGUGUUUCAGGACCCAAGGUGGACAUUGAUGUUCCGGAUGUGAAUAUUGAAGGUCCAGAGGGGAAACUAAAGGGUCCUAAAUUCAAAAUGCCAAGCAUGAAUAUACAGACACACAAAAUCUCUAUGCCUGAUGUUGGACUUAAUCUGAAAGCCCCUAAACUGAAAACUGAUGUAGAUGUUUCUCUUCCCAAAGUGGAAGGAGACUUGAAAGGUCCUGGAAUUGACGUAAAAGCCCCUAAAAUGGAUGUGGAUGUUGGUGAUAUUGAUAUUGAAUGUCCAGAAGGAAAGAUGAAAGGCCCUAAGUUUAAGAUGCCUGAGAUGCACUUCAAGGCCCCCAAGAUCUCCAUGCCUGAUGUGGACUUAAACUUGAAAGGCCCCAAAGUCAAAGGGGAUGUGGAUGUGUCUGUGCCCAAGAUAGAAGGGGAAAUGAAAGUGCCAGAUGUGGACAUCAAAGGCCCCAAGGUGGACGUUGAUGUCCCGGAUGUGGACGUUCAUGGCCCAGACUGGCACCUGAAGAUGCCCAAGAUGAAAAUGCCCAAGUUCAGCAUGCCCGGCUUCAAAGGCGAGGGCCCAGAAGUGGAUGUGAACUUGCCUAAAGCUGACAUUGACAUCUCAGGACCCAAGGUGGACAUUGAAGCUCCGGAUGUGAGCCUUGAGGGUCCGGAAGGGAAGCUGAAGGGCCCCAAGUUUAAGAUGCCUGAGAUGCACUUCAAGGCCCCCAAGAUCUCCAUGCCUGAUGUGGACUUAAACUUGAAAGGCCCCAAAGUCAAAGGGGAUGUGGAUGUGUCUGUGCCCAAGAUAGAAGGGGAAAUGAAAGUGCCAGAUGUGGACAUCAAAGGCCCCAAGGUGGACGUUGAUGUCCCGGAUGUGGACGUUCAUGGCCCAGACUGGCACCUGAAGAUGCCCAAGAUGAAAAUGCCCAAGUUCAGCAUGCCCGGCUUCAAAGGCGAGGGCCCAGAAGUGGAUGUGAACUUGCCUAAAGCUGACAUUGACAUCUCAGGACCCAAGGUGGACAUUGAAGCUCCGGAUGUGAGCCUUGAGGGUCCGGAAGGGAAGCUGAAGGGCCCCAAGUUUAAGAUGCCUGAGAUGCACUUCAAGGCCCCCAAGAUCUCCAUGCCUGAUGUGGACUUAAACUUGAAAGGCCCCAAAGUCAAAGGGGAUGUGGAUGUGUCUGUGCCCAAGAUAGAAGGGGAAAUGAAAGUGCCAGAUGUGGACAUCAAAGGCCCCAAGGUGGACGUUGAUGUCCCGGAUGUGGACGUUCAUGGCCCAGACUGGCACCUGAAGAUGCCCAAGAUGAAAAUGCCCAAGUUCAGCAUGCCCGGCUUCAAAGGCGAGGGCCCAGAAGUGGAUGUGAACCUACCAAAGGCUGACAUUAAUGUUUCUGGUCCCAAAGUGGACAUUGAUACUCCUGAUUUGGAUAUUGAGGGACCAGAAGGAAAAUUAAAAGGCUCUAAAUUUAAGAUGCCUAAGUUGAAUAUCAAAGCUCCCAAGAUCUCCAUGCCAGAUGUGGACUUGAAUUUGAAGGGCCCCAAGGUGAAAGGAGAGGUGGAUGCUUCUGUGCCAGAACUAGAAGGUGAUCUCAGAGGUCCGCAAGUUGAUAUCAGAGGUCCCAGUGUGGAUGUGGAGGUGCCUGAUGUUGAUCUGGAAUGUCCUGAUGCAAAGUUGAAAGGGCCCAAGUUUAAGAUGCCUGAGAUGCACUUCAAGGCCCCCAAGAUCUCCAUGCCUGAUGUGGACUUUAAUUUGAAAGGCCCCAGAGUAAAAGGGGAUGUGGAUGUGUCUGUGCCAAAAUUGGAGGGAGAUUUGAAAGGCCCCAGUGUGGAUGUGGAGGUGCCCGAUGUUGAUCUGGAAUGUCCUGAAGCAAAGUUGAAAGUGCCCAAGUUUAAGAUGCCUGAGAUGCACUUCAAGACUCCCAAGAUCUCCAUGCCUGAUGUGGACUUAAACUUGAAAGGCCCCAAAGUCAAAGGGGAUGUGGAUGUGUCUGUGCCCAAGAUAGAAGGGGAAAUGAAAGUGCCAGAUGUGGACAUCAAAGGCCCCAAGGUGGACGUUGAUGUCCCGGAUGUGGACGUUCAUGGCCCAGACUGGCACCUGAAGAUGCCCAAGAUGAAAAUGCCCAAGUUCAGCAUGCCCGGCUUCAAAGGCGAGGGCCCAGAAGUGGAUGUGAACUUGCCUAAAGCUGACAUUGACAUCUCAGGACCCAAGGUGGACAUUGAAGCUCCAGAUGUGAGCCUUGAGGGUCCGGAAGGGAAGCUGAAGGGCCCCAAGUUUAAGAUGCCUGAGAUGCACUUCAAGGCCCCCAAGAUCUCCAUGCCUGAUGUUGAUUUCAACUUAAAGGGGCCUAAAACCAAAGGGGACUUUGAUGUUUCUGCUCCAAAGCUAGAAGGAGAGUUAAAGGGUCCAAGCUUGGAUGCCAGAGGCCCCAAAUUGGAUGUUGAAAUGCCAGAUGUAGCUGUGGAAGGCCCUGAUGGCAAAUGGAAAAGUCCCAAAUUUAAGAUGCCAGACAUGCACUUUAAAACUCCCAAAAUCUCCAUGCCGGACAUUGAUCUCCACUUAAAAAGCCCCAAGAUAAAGGGAGAGGUGGAUGUAGAUGUUCCUAAAUUGGAAGGUGACCUCAGAGGUGACAUCAGUGGGCCAGAUGUUGAUAUUGAAGGACCAGAAGGCAAAUUGAAAGGCCCCAAGUUCAAGAUGCCUGACAUGCAUUUCAAGGCUCCAAGUAUUUCUAUGCCUGAUGUGGACCUAAAUCUGAAAGGACCAAAAAUCAAGGGGGAUGUAGAUGUGUCUGUGCCUGAGGUAGAAGGUAAAAUUAAAGUACCAGAUGUGAAUAUCAAGGGCCCCAAAGUAGACAUAAAUGCUCCUGAUGUUCAAGGCCCAGACUGGCACCUGAAGAUGCCCAAGAUGAAAAUGCCCAAGUUCAGCAUGCCUGGUUUCAAAGCAGAGGGCCCAGAAGUGGAUGUGAAUCUUCCCAAGGCUGAUAUUGAUAUCUCAGGACCCAAAGCUGACAUCGAAGUCCCAGAAAUGAGCAUUGAGGGUCCAGAGGGAAAAAUCAAGGGGCCUAAAUUUAAGAUGCCAGAGAUGAACAUAAAAGCCCCUAAGAUCUCCAUGCCAGAUGUGGAUUUACACUUGAAGGGCCCUAAGGUCAAAGGAGAUGUAGAUGUUUCCCUGCCUAAGGUGGAAGGUGACUUAAAGGGUCCCAAGGUGGACAUUGAUGCUCCAGAUGUGGACGUUCAUGGCCCAGACUGGCACCUGAAAAUGCCCAAGGUGAAAAUGCCCAAGUUCAGCAUGCCUGGCUUCAAAGGAGAAGGCCCAGAUGUGGAUGUGAACCUGCCCAAGGCUGACAUUGACGUCUCAGGACCCAAGGUGGACAUUGAAGGUCCUGAUGUGAAUAUCGAAGGGCCUGAAGGAAAGAUGAAAGGUCCUAAGUUCAAGAUGCCAGAGAUGAACAUCAAAGCCCCCAAGAUCUCCAUGCCAGACUUUGAUUUACACCUGAAAAGUCCUAAGGUGAAAGGAGAUGUGGAUAUUUCUCUGCCUAAAGUAGAAGGUGACCUCAAGGGCCCGGAAGUUGACAUCAAAGGGCCCAAAGUGGACAUUGAUGCUCCAGAUGUGGAUGUUCAAGGCCCAGACUGGCACCUGAAGAUGCCCAAGAUAAAAAUGCCCAAGUUCAGCAUGCCUGGCUUCAAAGGAGAAGGCCCAGAUGUGGAUGUGAACCUGCCGAAGGCUGACAUCGAUGUCUCAGGACAGGUGGACAUUGAAUGUCCUGAUGUGAAUAUUGAAGGACCAGAGGGAAAGGUGAAAGGUCCUAAGUUCAAGAUGCCUGAAAUGCAUUUUAAGACUCCAAAGAUAUCCAUGCCAGAUAUUGAUCUUAAUCUAACAGGUCCAAAGAUAAAAGGAGAUGUGGAUGUCACAGGCCCCAAGGUAGAGGGAGACCUCAAAGGACCUGAAGUUGACCUCAAGGGCCCCAAAGUGGACAUUGAUGUCCCAGAUGUGGAUGUUCAAGGCCCAGACUGGCACCUGAAGAUGCCCAAGGUGAAAAUGCCCAAGUUCAGCAUGCCUGGCUUCAAAGGCGAGGGCCCAGAAGUGGAUGUGAACCUGCCCAAGGCCGACAUUGACGUCUCAGGACCCAAGGUGGACAUUGAAGGUCCUGAUGUUAACAUUGAAGGACCAGAGGGAAAGUUGAAAGGUCCUAAGUUCAAGAUGCCAGAGAUGAAUAUCAAAGCCCCCAAGAUCUCCAUGCCUGACCUUGACCUGAACCUGAAAGGACCUAAGGUGAAAGGAGAUGUGGAUGUUUCUCUGCCUAAAGUAGAAGGUGACCUCAAGGGCCCUGAAGUUGACCUCAAGGGCCCCAAGGUGGACAUUGAUGUCCCAGAUGUGGACGUUCAUGGCCCAGACUGGCACCUGAAGAUGCCCAAGGUGAAAAUGCCCAAGUUCAGCAUGCCUGGCUUCAAAGGCGAGGGCCCAGAAGUGGAUGUGAACCUGCCCAAGGCCGACAUUGACGUCUCAGGACCCAAGGUGGACAUUGAUGUUCCCGAUGUGAAUAUUGAAGGUCCAGAUGCAAAACUGAAGGGCCCCAAGUUCAAGAUGCCAGAGAUGAACAUCAAAGCCCCCAAGAUCUCCAUGCCUGACCUUGACCUGAACCUGAAAGGUCCCAAAGUGAAGGGUGAUGUGGAUGUUUCUCUGCCUAAGGUGGAAGGUGACCUCAAGGGCCCUGAAGUUGACCUCAAGGGCCCCAAGGUGGACAUUGAUGUCCCAGAUGUGGACGUUCAUGGCCCAGACUGGCACCUGAAGAUGCCCAAGGUGAAAAUGCCCAAGUUCAGCAUGCCUGGCUUCAAAGGCGAGGGCCCAGAAGUGGAUGUGAACCUGCCCAAGGCCGACAUUGACAUCUCAGGACCCAAGGUGGACAUUGAUGUUCCCGAUGUGAAUAUUGAAGGUCCAGAUGCAAAACUGAAGGGCCCCAAGUUCAAGAUGCCAGAGAUGAACAUCAAAGCUCCUAAGAUAUCAAUGCCAGACUUGGACCUUAAUCUAAAAGGCCCUAAAAUGAAAGGAGAGGUGGACGUUUCACUUCCAAAUGUAGAAGGUGAUUUGAAAGGGCCGACUCUUGACAUCAAGGGGCCAAAGAUAGAUGUUGACGUACCAGAUGUUGACAUCCAUGGCCCGGAAGGUAAACUAAAAGGUCCAAAGCUCAAGAUGCCUGACAUGCAUGUGAACAUGCCCAAGAUCUCCAUGCCAGAAAUUGACCUGAAUUUGAAAGGCUCAAAACCUAAGGGAGAUAUUGAUGUUUCUGGGCCCAAACUGGAAGGUGACAUUAAAGCUCCCAAGUUGGAUGUCAAGGGCCCAGAAGUGGACAUUUCUGGUCCUAAACUCAAUGUUGAAGGCAAGUCAAAGAAAUCUCGGUUUAAGCUUCCCAAAUUUAAUUUUUCAGGCUCCAAAGUUCAGACACCUGAGGUAGAUGUCAAAGUCAAAAAGCCAGAUAUUGAUGUAACAGCUCCAAAAGUUGAUAUUAAUGCUCCCGACGUUGAGGUCCAGGGAAAAGUGAAAGGACCCAAAUUCAAAAUGCCUUUCCUGAGUAUUUCAUCUCCUAAAGUGUCUAUGCCUGAUGUAGAGUUAAAUCUUAAAGGUCCAAAAGUCAAAGGAGACUUAGAUGUCACAGGUCCUAAUUUAGAAGGUGACUUUAAAGCACCCAAAGUAGAUAUUAAGGCACCAGAAGUUCAUCUUGAUGCACCUGAUGUGGAUGUUCAUGGCCCAGACUGGCAUCUAAAGAUGCCGAAGAUGAAAAUGCCCAAAUUCAGCGUGCCUGGCUUAAAAGCAGAAGGACCAGAAAUGGCUGUGGAUCUGCCGAAAGGAGAUGUCAACAUAGAGGGUCCCAGAUUGGACAUUGAAGGCCCAGAAGUCCAUGUGGAAGGCCCAGAGGGAAGCAUAAAAGGUCCUAAACUCAAGAUGCCUGAUAUGAAUAUUAAAGCUCCCAAGGUCUCCAUGCCUGACAUUGACUUAAACCUCAAGGGCCCCAAGGUGAAAGGUGAUGUGGAUGUUUCUCUGCCCAAAGUGGAAGGGGAUCUGAAAGGACCAGAAAUUGAUAUCAAAGGCCCCAAAGUGGACAUUGAUGCUCCUGAUGUGGACGUUCAUGGCCCAGACUGGCACCUGAAGAUGCCCAAGGUGAAAAUGUCCAAGUUCAGCAUGCCUGGCUUCAAAGGCGAGGGCCCAGAAGUGGAUGUGAACCUGCCCAAGGCUGACAUUGACGUCUCAGGACCCAAGGUGGACAUUGAAGGUCCUGAUGUGAAUAUCGAAGGGCCUGAAGGAAAGAUGAAAGGUCCUAAGUUCAAGAUGCCAGAGAUGAACAUCAAAGCCCCCAAGAUCUCCAUGCCUGACAUUGAUCUUAAUCUGAAGGGCCCCAAAGUGAAGGGUGAUGUGGAUGUGUCUUUGCCAAAAUUGGAGGGCGACCUCAAGGGCCCGGAGCUGGAUAUCAAGGGUCCCAAGGUGGACAUUGAAACUCCUGAUAUUAACAUCGAAGGCCCAGAGGGGAAAUUGAAGGGGCCCAAAUUCAAGAUGCCAGACAUGCACUUAAAGGCUCCCAAGAUCUCCAUGCCAGACAUUGAUUUAAACCUGAAAGGUCCCAAGGUAAAGGGCGACAUGGACAUUUCUCUGCCUAAGGUGGAAGGUGACCUCAAGGGCCCUGAAGUUGACCUCAAGGGCCCCAAAGUGGACAUUGAUGUCCCAGAUGUGGACGUUCAUGGCCCAGACUGGCACCUGAAGAUGCCCAAGGUGAAAAUGCCCAAGUUCAGCAUGCCUGGCUUCAAAGGCGAGGGCCCAGAAGUGGAUGUGAACCUGCCCAAGGCCGACAUUGACGUCUCAGGACCCAAGGUGGACAUUGAAGGUCCUGAUGUUAACAUUGAAGGACCAGAGGGAAAGUUGAAAGGUCCUAAGUUCAAGAUGCCAGAGAUGAAUAUCAAAGCCCCCAAGAUCUCCAUGCCUGACCUUGACCUGAACCUGAAAGGACCUAAGGUGAAAGGAGAUGUGGAUGUUUCUCUGCCUAAAGUAGAAGGUGACCUCAAGGGCCCUGAAGUUGACCUCAAGGGCCCCAAGGUGGACAUUGAUGUCCCAGAUGUGGACGUUCAUGGCCCAGACUGGCACCUGAAGAUGCCCAAGGUGAAAAUGCCCAAGUUCAGCAUGCCUGGCUUCAAAGGCGAGGGCCCAGAAGUGGAUGUGAACCUGCCCAAGGCCGACAUUGACGUCUCAGGACCCAAGGUGGACAUUGAUGUUCCCGAUGUGAAUAUUGAAGGUCCAGAUGCAAAACUGAAGGGCCCCAAGUUCAAGAUGCCAGAGAUGAACAUCAAAGCCCCCAAGAUCUCCAUGCCUGACCUUGACCUGAACCUGAAAGGUCCCAAAGUGAAGGGUGAUGUGGACGUUUCUCUGCCUAAAGUGGAAGGUGACCUCAAGGGCCCUGAAGUUGACCUCAAGGGCCCCAAGGUGGACAUUGAUGUCCCAGAUGUGGACGUUCAUGGCCCAGACUGGCACCUGAAGAUGCCCAAGGUGAAAAUGCCCAAGUUCAGCAUGCCUGGCUUCAAAGGCGAGGGCCCAGAAGUGGAUGUGAACCUGCCCAAGGCCGACAUUGAUGUCUCAGGACCCAAGGUGGACAUAGACGCUCCUGACAUUGACAUUCAUGGUCCAGAAGGGAAGCUGAAGGGCCCCAAGUUUAAAAUGCCUGACCUGCACCUCAAGGCACCCAAGAUCUCCAUGCCUGAGGUUGACCUGAACCUGAAGGGUCCCAAGGUAAAGGGCGACAUGGACGUUUCUCUGCCUAAGGUGGAAGGUGACCUCAAGGGCCCUGAAGUUGACCUCAAGGGCCCCAAGGUGGACAUUGAUGUCCCAGAUGUGGACGUUCAUGGCCCAGACUGGCACCUGAAGAUGCCCAAGGUGAAAAUGCCCAAGUUCAGCAUGCCUGGCUUCAAAGGCGAGGGCCCAGAAGUGGAUGUGAACCUGCCCAAGGCCGACAUUGACGUCUCAGGACCCAAGGUGGACAUUGAUGUUCCCGAUGUGAAUAUUGAAGGUCCAGAUGCAAAACUGAAGGGCCCCAAGUUCAAGAUGCCAGAGAUGAACAUCAAAGCUCCCAAGAUCUCCAUGCCUGACCUUGACUUUAACCUGAAGGGCCCCAAAAUAAAGGGUGAUAUUGAUAUCACUGUGCCCAAAGUUGAGGGUAACCUCCAGGGCCCUGAGGUGGACCUCAAAGGACCCAAACUGGACAUCGACACUCCUGAUAUCAAUCUCGAAGGUCCAGAAGGAAAAUUGAAGGGGCCUAAGUUUAAAAUGCCAGAGAUGAACAUUAAAGCCCCCAAGAUUUCCAUGCCUGAUUUUGACUUAAGUCUGAAAGGGCCCAAGGUAAAGGGGGAUGUGGACCUUUCACUUCCUAAAGUCGAAGGUGACUUGAAAGGGCCAGAGAUGGACAUUGAAGGUCCAGAAGGGAAGCUUAAAGGACCCAAAUUUAAGAUGCCUGAUGUCCAUUUCAAAACCCCACAAAUCUCCAUGAGUGACAUUGAUUUGAACUUGAAAGGACCUAAGAUAAAAGGAGAUUUGGACACUUCCAUCCCUAAACUAGAAGGAGAUCUGAAAGCCCCAAAAGUGGACAUUAAAGGCCCUAAGCUGGACAUAGACACUCCCGAUAUUGACAUUCAUGGCCCAGAAGGGAAGCUGAAGGGCCCCAAGUUUAAAAUGCCUGACCUGCACCUCAAGGCACCCAAGAUCUCCAUGCCUGAGGUUGACCUGAACCUGAAGGGUCCCAAGGUAAAGGGCGAUGUGGACGUUUCUCUGCCUAAGGUGGAAGGUGACCUCAAAGGCCCUGAAGUUGACCUCAAGGGCCCCAAGGUGGACAUUGAUGUCCCAGAUGUGGACGUUCAUGGCCCAGACUGGCACCUGAAGAUGCCCAAGGUGAAAAUGCCCAAGUUCAGCAUGCCUGGCUUCAAAGGCGAGGGCCCAGAAGUGGAUGUGAACCUGCCCAAGGCCGACAUUGACGUCUCAGGACCCAAGGUGGACAUUGAUGUUCCCGAUGUGAAUAUUGAAGGUCCAGAUGCAAAACUGAAGGGCCCCAAGUUCAAGAUGCCAGAGAUGAACAUCAAAGCCCCCAAGAUCUCCAUGCCUGACCUUGACCUGAACCUGAAAGGUCCCAAAGUGAAGGGUGAUGUGGACGUUUCUCUGCCUAAAGUGGAAGGUGACCUCAAGGGCCCUGAAGUUGACCUCAAGGGCCCCAAGGUGGACAUUGAUGUCCCAGAUGUGGACGUUCAUGGCCCAGACUGGCACCUGAAGAUGCCCAAGGUGAAAAUGCCCAAGUUCAGCAUGCCUGGCUUCAAAGGCGAGGGCCCAGAAGUGGAUGUGAACCUGCCCAAGGCCGACAUUGACGUCUCAGGACCCAAGGUGGACAUUGAUGUUCCCGAUGUGAAUAUUGAAGGUCCAGAUGCAAAACUGAAGGGCCCCAAGUUUAAAAUGCCUGACCUGCACCUCAAGGCACCCAAGAUCUCCAUGCCUGAGGUUGACCUGAACCUGAAGGGUCCCAAGGUAAAGGGCGACAUGGACGUUUCUCUGCCUAAGGUGGAAGGUGACCUCAAGGGCCCUGAAGUUGACCUCAAGGGCCCCAAGGUGGACAUUGAUGUCCCAGAUGUGGACGUUCAUGGCCCAGACUGGCACCUGAAGAUGCCCAAGGUGAAAAUGCCCAAGUUCAGCAUGCCUGGCUUCAAAGGCGAGGGCCCAGAAGUGGAUGUGAACCUGCCCAAGGCCGACAUUGACGUCUCAGGACCCAAGGUGGACAUUGAUGUUCCCGAUGUGAAUAUUGAAGGUCCAGAUGCAAAACUGAAGGGCCCCAAGUUUAAAAUGCCUGACCUGCACCUCAAGGCACCCAAGAUCUCCAUGCCUGAGGUUGACCUGAACCUGAAGGGUCCCAAGGUAAAGGGCGACAUGGACGUUUCUCUGCCUAAGGUGGAAGGUGACCUCAAAGGCCCUGAAGUUGACCUCAAGGGCCCCAAGGUGGACAUUGAUGUCCCAGAUGUGGACGUUCAUGGCCCAGACUGGCACCUGAAGAUGCCCAAGGUGAAAAUGCCCAAGUUCAGCAUGCCUGGCUUCAAAGGAGAAGGCCCAGAAGUGGAUGUGAACCUGCCCAAGGCCGACAUUGACAUCUCAGGACCCAAGGUGGACAUUGAUGUUCCCGAUGUGAAUAUUGAAGGUCCAGAUGCAAAACUGAAGGGCCCCAAGUUCAAGAUGCCAGAGAUGAAUAUCAAAGCUCCCAAGAUCUCCAUGCCUGAUGUUGACCUGAAUUUGAAAGGACCCAGAGGCAAAGGAGAUUUUGAUGUGUCUGUCCCUAAGAUUGAAGGGACUUUCAAAGGCCCAGAAGUGGACCUUAAAGGACCAGGCCUGGAUUUUGAAGGCCCUGAUGCCAAACUCAGUGGCCCAAAUGUGAAGAUGCCAUCACUGGAUAUAUCUGCCCCUAAAGUCACUGCUCCUGAUAUCGAUCUGCAUCUCAAGGCACCCCAAAUUGGAGUUUCUGGCCCCAAGUUAGAAGGUGGUGAACUGGACCUCAAGGGACCCAAAGUUGAUUUAGAAGCCCCCAGCUUAGAUGUACAUAUGGAGAGCCCGGAUAUUAACAUUGAGGGGCCAGAUGUGAAAAUUCCCAAAUUUAAGAAACCCAAGUUUGGAUUUGGGACAAAAAGUCCCAAAGCUGAGUUCAAAUCACCAUCUGUUGAUGUGACAGUUCCUGAGGCAGAGCUGAAUGUCGAGACUCCUGAAAUUAGUGUGGGUGGCAAGGGCAAGAAAAGUAAGUUCAAAAUGCCUAAAAUUCACAUGAGUGGUCCUAAAAUUAAGGCCAAAAAACAAGGAUUUGAUUUGAAUGCUCCUGGGGGUGAAAUUGAUGCCAGUCUCAAGUCUCCUGACCUAGAUGUCCAUGUCGCGGGGCCCGAUGCCACCCUUAAAGCUGACGUGAAAUCUCCCAAGACCAAGAAACCUAUGUUUGGAAAAAUGUACUUCCCAGAUGUAGAAUUUGACAUUAAAUCACCUAAAUUUAAAGCUGAGGCUUCCCUCCCUAGCCCCAAACUAGGGGGUGACAUCCAGGCACCCGAUCUGGACAUUUCUGCCCCAGGGGUUCAUGUGGAAGGUCCUGACGUUAAGCUGAAGGCUCCCAAGUUCAAGGUACCAGGCGUGGAUGUUUCAGGGCCAAAAAUAGAAGGCGACUUGAAAGGCCCCAGGGUGCAGGCAAACUUGGAUGCACCUGGCAUCAACCUUGAAGGCCCAGAUGCUACAAUCAAAGCACCGACAUUCGGCAUCUCUGCCCCUCAAGUCUCCGUCCCUGAUGUGAACGUUAGCUUGAAGGGACCAAAGAUAAAGGGUGGUGUCCCCAGUGUGGGACUGGAAGGACCAGACGUAGAUCUGCAAGGUCCAGAUUUGAAAAUUAAGUUCCCCAAGUUUUCGAUGCCCAAGAUCGGCGUCCCUGGUGUGAAAGCGGAGGGUGGGGGAGCCGAGGUGCAGCUGCCCUCUCUUGAAGGAGGCUUGAGCAUGCCCGAUGUUAAGCUCGAAGGGCCUGAUGUGUCCCUAAAGGGGCCAAAAGUCGAUUUGCCUUCAGUGAACCUCUCUAUGCCAAAAGUCUCUGGACCUGACCUUGACCUGAACUUGAAAGGACCAAGUUUGAAGGGAGACCUGGAUGCGUCUGUUCCCAGCAUGAAGGUGCACACCCCUGGGUUUGACCUCAGAGGUGUGGGCGGACAGGUGAAGGUGGAAGGUGACGGGGUGAGAGUGCCUGGACUUGGUGGCACAGGAACGCUUGAGGUUGGUGCGCCAGAUGUGACCCUGAAGGGACCAAGCCUGCAGGGGGACCUGGCCGUCUCUGGUGACAUCAAGUGCCCUAAAGUAUCAGUAGGUGCUCCUGACCUAAGCUUGGAGGCACCUGAAGGUGGUAUUAAACUUCCCAAGAUGAAGCUGCCCCAGUUCGGCAUCUCUGCUCCGGGGUCCGACUUGGACAUCAAUCUCAAGGGGCCACAGGUCACGGGAGAACUAAAGGGGCCCGGCCUGAACCUGAAAGGGCCUCAGCUCUCCGGCCCUCCAAUCUCAGCCCCAGAUGUGGACUUGAACUUGGAAGGACCAAAAGUGAAAGGGAGCCUUGGGGCCACUGGUGAGAUGAAAGGCCCCACCACGGUUGGAGGAAGUCUUCCGGGCAUCAGUGUUCAAGCCCUUGAAGGAAACCUCCAGAUGCCUGGAAUGAAGUCCUCCGGAUGUGAGGUGGAGCUGCCGGGUGUGAAUGUGAAACUCCCAGCCGGGCAAAUUUCUGGUCCUGAAAUCAAAGGCGAUCUGAAAGGCUCAGGAAUAGGUUUCCAUGGAGCCGCCCCCGACAUCGGCAUCAAAGGGCCUUCUUUUAACGUGGCAUCUCCUGAGUCAGAUUUUGGUGUCCUCUUGAAGGGCCCGAAGAUCAAAGGAGGUGUGGAUGUUUCAGGGGGUGUCAGCGCCACCGAUAUCAGCCUGGGCGAAGGGCACGUGAGCGUCAAAGGGCCCGAGGGUGAGUGGAAGGGACCUCAGGUCUCCUCUGCUCUCCACUUGGAUGCACCUGCCUUUGCUGGAGGACUUCAUUUCUCAGGACCAAAGGGAGAAGGAGGCCAGAUUGGACUUCAGGGUCCCGGGCUGAGCGUGUCUGGGCCUCAGGGUCACUUGGAAAGUGGAUCUGGAAAAGUAACAUUCCCCAAGAUGAAGAUUCCCAAGUUCACCUUCUCUGGCCGCGAGCUGGUUGGCCGAGAGGUCGGGGUGGAUAUCAACUUCCCUAAAGCAGAGGCCAGCGUCCAGUCUGGUGCCGGAGACGGCGAGGGCGAAGAGUCAGAUGUGAAGCUGAAAAAGGCCAAAAUCAAGAUGCCCAAGUUCAAUUUUUCCAAACCUAAAGGGAAAGGUGGUGUCACUGGCUCACCAGAAGCAUCCAUUGCGGGCUCCAAAGGUGACCUGAAGAGCUCCAAGGCCAGUCUAGGCUCUCUGGAAGGAGAGGCAGAGGGCGAAACAUCUUCGCCCAAAGGCAAAUUCUCCUUGUUCAAAAGCAAGAAGCCGCGGCACCGCUCAAAUUCCUUCAGCGACGAGAGGGAGCUCUCUGAGCCUUCCACCCCGACGGGGACUUUGGAGUUUGAAGGUGGCGAAGUGUCGCUGGAAGGCGGGAAAGCCAAAGCGAAGCACAAGUUGAAAUUUGGUACCUUUGGUGGGUUGGGGUCAAAGAGCAAAGGUCAUUAUGAGGUGACUGGGAGCGAUGAUGAGGCAGGCAAGGUGCAAGGGAGUGGCGUGUCCUUGGCCUCUAAGAAGUCCCGACUGUCGUCAUCGUCCAGCAACGACAGUGGGACCAAAGUGGGCAUCCAGCUUCCUGAGGUGGAGCUGACAGUUUCCACAAAGAAAGAGUAGCACGCUUGUGCGUGUGCGUGUGUGUGUGUACAUAUCUGUAUAAAAAUACAUCAGCCUUGGGUGUGUUUGUAUAUAAACUCCAAAGAGGAACACGCCGACAGCCUCAGCAAUAAUGCGAAGAUCGGGCCUCUGCCAGGGGCAAGCGCUGAAAAGCCAACCGACCGUCUUUAGGCUCCUCCUGGAGCUUUACAGAUAGGGAAGGGGUUCCAGGAUCUUUGUCCAGCCCGUGUGCAAAGUCGACAGUAUUUGCCUUAAGGUUUCAGUUUUUUUGGUGGUUUUUUUUUUUUUUUUUUUUUUUUUUGCAUUGAACGCUGAGAGCUCCUGUUUACUAAGCAAGCUUUUGUGUUUAUUAUUCUCAUUUUUACUGAAACUUGUUAGUGUUGGGGUCAUGGAAACCCACGUUUUCAUUGUAAUGACUUUUGGGGCUUUUGUUAGGAAGGGUGGGGUGGGGUAGAAGGCAGUCGAGGGGGGGGCAUCCAGACCCCCCAUUUCUUCUACACGUGGAUCUGUUCAAACAGCAAACACCCCCAGCCGGCUGAGAGCGGGCAGCAGGCAAGGCAGGUGGGUGUUUCCAGAACUCUAGCAGAGCCUGUUUCCCCCUCCCCCCCCGGGGGGGGUGGUCCCAACCUGUUUGGUGCUCACGGUGAGAGGGAGUUUGAAUCUGUUUGCAAAGUAGCCAACCCCCCAGCUCAACACACGGCUUUCCGUUCUGUGUGUUGUAAGAGAAAUGUUUUGUCAUCGCCACGUUCCUGAUUAGUUCUGAUUUCUUUUUAACAAAUGUUAUGAUGAUUAAGGCAAUUUCCAGCACUUUAAUGGCAAAUUAAUUGAGAAUGUAAGACAAUUGAUGCUGUCAAGGGCAAAUAAAGCUGUUUAUUAACCCCGA